CGUGAUGUAUCAGUCAGCAUCAACGACUCUCACUAGCAACUGAACAACUAAAUGAAAGAGCCUAUCCCAGCACAGCAAAAGAUACGAUAGGAUGAGAUAUGUCUGCGUGGGGACUGAUGCCCGGUCUUCCGAUUUGGUGGCUGACAACUUUCAAGACCUCACGUGCACCCGGUGCCAAGCUUGCUUGACUUCAUCCAACACCGACCGCACAAACGCUGGGAUCAAAAUGACUACAGGAUAAGAUCAAUCUGGAGAAAUCCGUACACUGUGCGAGCCACCCAAGCAAGCAACGACCUCAUCCGUUCCGUUUCUCAAGGCAGAGCGCAGAGACCACUCCAAGGGGCCAACACAACGUCUCAAGACAUGUCGUGCAUAUCGUCUCGUGAAGGAGUCUGCCGCAUAAUCUCUCGUGCUCCAGCGUAUGAGAAAAAUCGAGAGAACGGAGAGGAGACGAGAAAAAAAGGCUUCUUUUCAGUCUUGACCAGGAGGUGGUCCAUCCGCACCACCCCUCGGACCUUGAGCGACCUCGCGGUAUCGGUACACCCGGAUGAAGGAGCACAGGAAUUCAAGGGGGUUGAGAGAGCGUACGACUUGAGCGAUCGACCCGUGAAUCACGAAAGCGUGAACCAGAUAAAAGCUGGGAAACAGAAAAAAAUGGUCUUCGUCAUCCAUCAGGAACAUCCAUUAGGAUGUCGUAAGGAAUACACACGAGUAACGGCUAAUAAACCGCAUAGAGGGGGGGAAGGGGGUAAGCCCGACGUCUCAAUGCCAUCAUGCCUAAACUCUCCUCCCGGGAUUCCCGCUUCUCGCCUUUUCGCCUCUCUCUUUUCUCGCCGCCUCGCGCCCACCCUCCAAGUCCUUCCUCCUCCCCCGUCGUCCCGACUCGAGAGAACAACAUUACCGGUGGACGGAUCUUGGCCGUCGUCAAAAAGGGUGGGAACAUGGACCACCAACCCAUCCAUCCCUGCCUGCACGGCGUUGCCAACAACGCGGGAGAAAGUCCGGAGGUCGGAGAGGUUACGGUGGGGAGAGAAGAGAGAAAAGAGGAAGAGAAGGACGGCUUACGCAUGAAGCGGUCCGAGUGUCCUGGUGGUCAGAAACAGCCGUAGUUGCGGAAAAGGUUGAACCUUUGCAGUUCAGGCCCAAUGGGGGGUUACUUCUCGGACGGGAAGCAAGGGUGACCAGAGUCUGUUCAGUUCUGGGACUCGAGACAUCUGAGUAGUCUUUUUUCUCGCCUCGUAAUACAGAUCGGGCCGAAGGAUGUUGUAAGCCUCCCGAGGGAGCGAUGUUGGGCUUUUGAUCAAAGUUGGAACAGAUAGACAAUGAUAGAGUGUACUAUCGGGUUUAGAAGAUGGAAAACAUGUCACGAAGGAGGGAGCUCGCA